UUUUAUAACAAAUGAAGCAAGUGUAUCGUAAAAUGUGGUCGUUGCGGAACUAAUGUUAGCGUCACUGUGUUUUCGGGGACAACCUAAGGAGGCGGCACAGUGAUGUCUGUCAGAUGCGAUCACAUGGUAAUGGGUGACGAUCAUGGACACUCUUGAGGACACCUUUAGGACUCUCUCCAUCGCCAGGAGGCUGCAGCCCAGUGAUGCCACAUAUAUUCUGGACCUCUCUCUUGCGUCCUGUGGCAGCGGUGGGUCAGAUGUGCUUGCUGUGUGCUGCUCUAAUUACUCUGUGCACCUGCACAACAGAGAGACGCUCCGCCUGGUGGGUGAGUUCCAGGGUCACACGGCUCCUGUGUGUGGAGUGCGUUUCUCUCAUCUCUCCCCUCACCUGCUGUUCACCGGCUCCGCCGAUGGGUCACUGCGGUGCUGGGACAUCCGACGACCCGGUUCUGAUGCCACCCAGGUGUUCCGUAGCGAUUCGACGCAUUUGUACUGCUCGUUUGAUGUGAGCUGUAGUGAUCGUGUGCUGUGCGCAGGUACAGAGCAAGUGGAGGAGGACAGUUUUUUGGUGUUCUGGGAUGCCCGUAUGGUUCAGGAUAGAGGUGAGACAGGCAGUCUGCUGGGUGUUUACACAGAGUCACAUAGUGAUGACAUUACUACGGUGAAGUUCCACCCACGGCAGGCGGACCGGUUGGCUUCUGGAGCUACAGAUGGGCUUGUGAAUGUGUUUGAUCUGAGUCUGGGUGGAGAGGAUGAUGCUCUUGUUACCACCUGUAACUGCAAUUCCUCUGCAAGCUCCCUCUGCUGGACAGGCAAAGAUCUUGACCAGCUGCUUUGUCUGACCCAUGAUGAAGGGUUAUACCUGUGGGAUGUGGCUCGCCCAGACAGCGAUGACACUUUGACCCUUCUGAGUUCGGCUGAUGCUCGAACACUUGUCCAGCUCCCCAACGGAGCCUCGCUUGAGUACUUUGUGGGUGGUACAUGGCUAUCAGACGAGGAGCACAUUCUUUUAGUAGCAGGGAGUAAUCAUGGAGAGCUCCACCUCCUGGACUGCAGUGGGCGUGGUCUGAAGUUCAUUAAAUCCCUCAAAGGAGGUCAUUCAGCUACAGUAAGAUGCUUCCAGUGGGAUGCGACCGGCCAGUCUCUGCUGACGGGCGGGGAGGAUGGCCAGUUGUUGCAGUGGAAAGCAGGAGCGGAGGAAAUCAGUGUGGGGAAGAAAGAUUCUCUAAAAAGCAUCUCCUCCAUGCAGCUCAAAACGAAAGCUCACAGAAAACAAGCUACACAGAAAGAACGGACAAAACUAGCAUGAUCACAUGCAUGGGAGAAACUCUAAAUUUCACUAAGAGACAGUUGACACUGAAACAAAUUGGUUGUUUGACAAAAUUCUCAGAAAUGAUAAAGUUUGCUCUGAUGCCUUUGUUUUCACAAAUGUAAGGAUGCUAAAGAUAAAGAUAUGCCAAAUGGAGACUAAAUUUAAAUCUUCCGCCUUAUAAAAUGUUUAACUUAUUAUAGACAUUGGCAUAGUUUGAACAGUGUUUUUUGGUUUUAAAAUGUAAGUUUUGAACAAGCUGCUACAUAAGAAACUGUUGUCUGAUUUGUCCAGCAUAUAAACUCUCAUCUAUGUGGUAGUUGUAGUUCUUAUGUAGAACAUUACAUUUCUUGUGUUUUAAAAAUGUUUCAAAGUUUACUUUUGAGGUUAAACGCAUGACUUGAAAAUGAUCAAAUUUUUGGGGGGUUGCAGGACUGAACAGCUAUGUUGUAUUCAAGGAAUAGUUCACCCAAAAAUGAAAAUUAGCUACAAAUUUACUCACCCUCAUCCCAUCCAAGAGGUAGAUGAGUUUGUUUCUUAAAGGAUUAGUUCACUUCCAGAAUGAAAAUUUACUGAUAAUUUACUCAACCCCAUGUCAUCCAAAAUGUGCAAAUCUAUCAUUCUUCAGUCGAAAAGAAAUUAAGGGAGAAGUCCACUUCCAGAACAAAAAUUUACAGGUCAUUUACUCACCCCCUUGUCAUCCAAGAUGUUCAUGUCUUUCUUUCUUCAGUCGUAAAGAAAUUAUGUUUUUUGAGAAAAACAUUUCAAGAAUGUUCUCCGUGUAGUGGUAUUCUAUGGUGCCCACGAGUUUGAACUUCCAAAAUGCAGCUUCAAAGGGCUCUAAAUGAUCCCAGCCUAGGGAGAAUGGUCUUAUCUAGCAAAAUGAAUGGUUAUUUUAUUAAAAAAUGUACAAUUUAUAUACUUUUUAACCUCAAAUGCUUGUCUUGUCUAGCUCUGUUUGUGCUCUGUGCAUUCUGGUUCAAGAGAGUUAGGGUAUGUCAAAAAAACUCUCAUCUCAUUUUCUUCUCCAACCUCAAGAUCAUCCUACAUCGCUGUUUUAUCUUUUUUGUAUAGGCCGUUCGAUCUUCUUUGCAUGUUCACUUUGUAAACACUAGGUCGGUGCUUCUGCAGUGAUGUAGGAUGAUUUUGAAGUUGAAGGAAAAAUGAGAUAAGAGUUUUUCAGCAUACCCUAACUCUCUUUAACCGAGCUUUUGAGGUUAAAAAGUAUAUAAAUAAUACAUUUUCUUAGAAAAUAACUGAUUGUUUCCCUAGAUAAGACCCUUCUUCCUCGGCUGGGAUCAUUUAGAGCCCUUUGAAGCUGCAUUGAAACUGCAUUUUGGAAGUUCAAACUCUCGGGCACCAUAGACCACUAUAU